AUGCAAUUUCUCGCACUCGUCCUGCCCAUCGCGGCUUUCAUGGCUUCGACUGCCUACGGCGCUGAGUGCUACAGCCAGAGUAAAAGAAAGGAAUGCCUCAACAGCAACGAUCUUUACAAUGCGCGCCAGGACUACUGUGGCAGCUUUCGCUUCCAGCAGAAUGGAGAGAAGGACUACUUCGGCCAGAAUGGCUGGAAGGAGGCCUUUACUGGCACCAACAUACCAAACCAACAGCUGUGCUGGGACAGCACCGACAACAUCAUCAAGCAGUGCCUUGGUCAUAAGAACGGUGGAUCAUACUCGCAGAACGGAUGGAACAUGAACAUCAACUUCUGCGCAUAG